CAAUGUUUAGGUAGCACACGCAGAGCGAUUCAGUAGCAAAGGUACGUGGACAACAAUGCAGUUUACGACGAUGCAAGGUUCGUGCUUCCAGGCCGCUCCCCCAGCCCAGUACCAGACCUCCCUCUACCGCCCGACGGACAUGUUUGAUUCCGCCAUGAAGCUCCCACACAGCCCCGAGCUCGGUGACGCAUUCAGCAGCUGUCUCGGAAUGAGCCGAGCCCCUCCGAGUUACUCGGAGUCCACGAUGAUCUGUGCUGCCUCCCCGCCAUUGCAGCCCAUUCCAAACUCUAGCACGUCUUACUAUAAGCUGGGAGGAGGCGGCGGAUGGAACGACUUCAACGUGUUCGGGACAAAUUCUCCAGUGCUUGCAGAUCAAAAACAGUCCUAUUAUGCAGACUCGAAACCUGUGUCGGGAAUACAGGGCUACGGGAGUGAGGUCUCUGUCGAACAGACACAUAUCCUCAGCAAUCCUGCACCGCCAGAAAUGAAGACAGAAGACUGCAAGCACGAGACUUCCACCGCAGACGAACAGAACAGCGUAGCAGACGACACCCCGCAAGUGACGUCGACUGAGAAAAAUGGAGGCGACAUUGCGUCUUCUGCUGUGGUUUCCAACGAAGGGAACGCGGGUAACGCCGAAGAGGAAGCUCUGCAAUCUCUGGACAAACCAGAGGAGAAGACUAAAGAACAACCCUCAGACCAAAAACCGCCCUUGUCUUACAUCGCCCUCAUUGCCAAAUCAAUUUUAGAAAGCGCGGAAAAGAGGCUGAGCCUGGGCUCCAUUUAUAACUGGAUAGAGAAACAUUUCCCUUAUUUUAAAAACCGGGGCCAAGGGUGGAGAAACAGCGUCCGCCAUAAUCUCUCUUUAAAUGACUGUUUUAUUAAGGCGGGACGCUGUGAGGAUGGCAAAGGCAACUACUGGAGCAUCCACCCGGCCAACCUCCAGGACUUCAUGCGCGGAGACUUCCGUCAGCGGCGUCGUUCCCGUCGCCGUGGGAGAAAGAAGGACUGCGAAUUCGCCAUGCAUAAUGGUUACAUGGGCGGUCCGGGCGCUCCCCUCUCCCCGUCUGUCUCCUUCAACCCGGCAGCCGCCCUCAGCUCUAUCUACUCCCCGUACACGGAGGCCGAGCGGCGUGCAUACCGGCUGGACGAGGUCCUCUUGAGGCAAAGUAUGAACAACCCUUUCAUGAAGUGGUACCACAACGGCGUCAACAACACAGGGUAUUCCAACACGUGCUCUUUGAACAACGCGCCCCCUCCGCCGCCCCCCUCGUGUAACUCCGGGAUGUACAACCCACCGCCGCCGUGUAAUAACCAGUGGCAGACCCCCAGCUACGCGGACACCAACUCCCAGUCGCUCUACCCCCUGGGGUCGUCAUUCUCCAGGUUUGUUAAAUAA